UGUCAAGGUCACACACGUGCCACAUUUCAAAUUGUCAAUUUUUCUCAAUCAUGUGAAAUAUCUUUUAGGUUUUGAACAAUUGAAGAUGUGCUCCUAACUGGGUUCAGAUCAGUUUUAAAAGUUGAAUCUCCAAUGAGGUGGGUCUGAAAGGAGAGUUGUCAGGACCUCACAACUAGAUUCCUAUGCUGGCGUUGGUGUAAGGACUCCCGUACACCGUUCUUCCGACAGUCUGUUUGAGGAUAACUUAUAAAGACGCAUCAUGGCAGGAUUUAUUGCAAAACAAAUGGUGGGCAGCCAGCUCAGUGCCGUGAAGGGUGCGUGGAAAGGUGCUGUUGGCGGUGGUGAUGAGGAUAAGGGUGAGGGUGGCGAUGGAGCCGAGGCCGGCGAAGAUCCAGAGAUCGCUGAAGCCCGACGUGAGGCUGAAGAGCGACGGAAAGAAAAACACAGGAAGAUGGAAGAAGAGAGAGAGACGAUGCGACAAGAAAUCCGAGAUAAGUAUGGUAUAAAGAAGAAAGAAGAGCUGGCACUGCAACAGCAAGACGAUGAUGCAGGUCGGAUCGGCCGGAAGAGAAAAACACCUGCCGAGUUGGCAGCGGAGGCAGAAGCAGCGGAGAACGAGGAGGAUGAUUUUGCAAGCCAGUUACCCGAGCCCGUUCGAGAAAUGGCCGGUAAAAUUCAGGAAAAGGCCAAAGAUUGCUGCUCAAUGUAACAUGGUGAAAAUAUACCAUUUUGCCUAUGCCAAUUCAUACCCAGUAAUGUCCGAGAGAUGGCGUCAAAAGUCACAGAAAUGCCAACCAAAUUGGUUUCGGAAGUUGGUGAAAAGUGUAUCCUCCAGUGACCUUUGGCGGUGAGCUUUACCCCUUGCUUGUGUCUGCUCGCAUGAGGGUGCUACACUAUGGAUUGGCUCUGACCCGUGGUAACACUUUGUCCUUGACCUCAAGCUGACCUUCAGCUCUCCCACCUGUGACCUACAGCUACGACCUCUUUUGAUGUCUGUAAGUACUGUUACGCCAUGAUCACCUGUGAGCUGCGAUGUUCAUGUUUCUCUUGUAUACCGCAGUGCCCUCUUUUGGUCAUGUUUGCAGGCUGGCCAAUCCUGUUGAUAUCAUCCAAUAAGGAUAUUGCAUGUAUCAUGUUUGGAAAAAUGGUUUUGUAAUAAAUGGUGGACGAUGAUUUUUUACUCCUUGUAAAUUACCCAUUUUGAUGUCUUUCUCGUAAAGCCAUAUCUUUUUGCACAUUACAGAGUCUUCCGAAAAAAUUCAUAAAUUUCAAUGUUACAAAUCUAAAAUAAACUGUUGAAUGGUUUUCCUUCUUUGGUCUCCUACUUGUCCACCAUUUAAUUCUCAACAUUCUGUUUUAUGGACGUGCUUGUCGUGUCGCAGCCAAUCUUUCCUUCUCACACCACCCCUUCCCUACCUCUCUCUGCAUACCAUCAUGUACAAAUGACUCCGUAACUCAACCUCUCUCAUUCUUUUCUGGCUCCACUUGGCCACCCCAGCCUGGGUUAUUUCUACUUGAGGUGGGCCCUUUGAACACUGCAAGUUAUUGGUAAGAAAAUUGUUUCCAUUCAUUUAUGGUACCCAGCCAAUUUGCUUACAAAGUGGUGCAACUAAGGGGAGAUGUUUUGCAUUACAAUGAGUCCUGCAUGAAGAGAUACGCCCCCUCUCACACCCCAUGUCAUUGCUAUGUAAAUACAAGUGCAUGUAAUGUGUGUUUCACCUCGUGGUUGUGCCACAUGAAAAAUGUUGUCACAUGUGAAAUUAAAAAGAAAUGUAGGUUCUGUACAACAGUAAGUGCUUUCUCUAGCCUAAUCCAGAAACCUUUCAGUAGAAGCAAGGAGGGUACAAUCCGCACCGCUCUUAGCCAGUUGAAAGAGUACAGAGUGGCACUGCCAGCUUUGAAUACACCACCUUCAGAUCACAAGUCUGCCUCCACAGUGCCACCUUCUUUCCACCUGUGUGACCUCUAACUGAUUGCGCAUUUGAGAUCAGAACAGUCCUCGUGCUGCAGACUUCGAGGUGAAAUAAACACUGUUCCAACCUGGCAUUGUUGUACAUGUACGCAACUAAGCAUUUCCCCAAUAUCUCGAUUGGCAGUGGCUUUGAACUCUUUGAUUGAACAUAGCAUUUCUUCUAUUUUGGAUCUCCUUUGUAUAAAGUGCAGGAACUACUUUUCAACCUUAGGAAACUGCACUGCUACAAAUUACAACAAAUUGGCAGAUGAACUCCAUGUACCAGUACCUCUCUAUAGUUCAAGGCCACUCCGUUUUUAUUCAAACCCAAAUGUAACACCCCACCAAUUUUCUUUUAAGAUAAAGUACGUGUAAUAAAUGAUCGACUCAUGUGAUAGAAUGACGUGUCACUAUGCAUUGAAAAUACUAACAUUUUCUAUUCGAUAUUUGUAUUACGUUCUGCCAAUAGGACCAAUGGGGCUUUUCAUUUGAUUCAAGUUUGGCAUCCGCACAAGCAUUUUGGCAGCUGAGACAUUUGACUUGAAGUCAUAGAAAGUCGUGGUGUAGCAUUUCUUAUCCUUUGAGUGACAACAAGGUUUGGCCUGCGUUUCUGAACAUGAAUCCCUAAUCAUUGAAGACAUUCAUUACUAUUCUGUGUCCUAUCAUAUGGCACAGUAGUUAGUUGUUAAACGGGCUCCGGGCUGCACAAUAUGUAAUGGACAUUGCCUGCUAAUUGUUAAGUAAUUAGUAAUUAAACUACAUGUAAUAAAGAUAAUUGAUUGAAUCACACAGACGCCUUCAACUUGGCUAUUGAGUGGCUAGAGUGGUUCCAAAUCCUCUCAGUAGAGGGCUAACAAUCAGUAACACCUAUAUCGAGGGAAAGUGGAUCUUUACUUCUUAGAUGGUCAAGGGCAAAACCACUCCCAAGACCACUAACAAGCACCUAUCUUACAAUUCUUACUGAUUCUCGUUAACCCUCUAUUGUCUUGGAUCGGAAAUCAUUCUGUCGAGUAUAGGGACUAGCUAUUGUUACUGACAUUGCCUGUACACGUAUAACUUAUGAAUAUGCAUGUGGAUGGUUUUAUUUUUAGAGGCGCGAUAGAAUCAUGUUAAUAAUAAAUGAUGAUAUUUUGUUCUGUGAUCGUAGUUAUCAGUCUACAGAGUUAAUCACUGUUUGCUGUUGAGAUGGGUUUGGUGGAGAGAGCUAGGCUGGGGGUCAAAUGAACGUAAAACGUUUUACGCCUAAUUUGGUUGUGGUUUCGCAUAUUUUUGACUGGCAAACAAUCAAAUUACCAACUAUCAUCGCAACCUGGAUCAUUAGUGCAAAAAUGCCUUUCCGGGCCAUCAUGGUAUACAUAUGACAUGCAGGCAACAUUCUAACACUCAGCUAUUAAGGGUUGAAUUCACUGCAUAUAUUGCAUUGUUAGAAUCAAUCAGCCGUGUCAGUAUUGGGUGAUUUCUAUCCCAAGUUGCGUAACAGGGACAACAAUCCUUGGUCAUCUCCUGAACCACCAACAGCAAAUAUAGUGAUGAACUCUACCAAACUGAGUCUCGUUAGAUUUAAUAUUGCACUUCAUCAUUAGAUGUCUUAAUGAGUUUAUUAAUUGAUGGGUCUGAUCACGGAUAGGUGCAUAAUGUACAAAGCGAUAAUCAUGUGAAGUCAUUUGAUUGUUUGGCCCAACAUCUCUCACAAGUGCAAUGGAAUCAUCCCUUACCUUUAGGGUUGAUUGCAUUGUGGAGUUUUGAGGGUAUGAAGUGGUCAAACAUGUUUUAAAAAACAUACUCUUGUGGAUGAAGGGGGAGGAGGUCUGCAGACAUUCCCAGUCAGGACACUUCCUCAUGGUUCCAAGUGACAAUUUUUAAACGUUAUCUGAAAAAAGAUUGUAAAAAUUUAAUCCACAAGAUACGGGUGAGACCGAAUUUUUCCCAUUGUUAGAUUGUUGAUUCCUAAGCUGCCAGAUUGUAUGAUGCGAUCAGACUGUAUGUAACAUUCCAAAUGUUCCCGCUGGGGAACCAUUUUCCAUUUCCCCUCUGCCUUCAUCCUCCAGGGUAAUAACAUCAUUUCGUCGUUCAAAACAUUUCCGACUCUGAAUGUUGUUAGGAUGUAACUUGUAUCAUCAUAGAUUCGUGGGUCAUAAGGAUUCUAGUUGAAUUAUGUCGUUCCAAAUAUUCAAGGUGGGACGUUACUGUAUUAGCCUGUGACCAAGGUUUAGAUGUACAUUGUGUAUGUUUAGCAUGGUAUCAUUUGGACGAGGUUGUAGUUUCCAAUGUUGUUGUUGUUGUUAUCAAUAUGUGACAUCUAUUAUGAUGUUGACACUUUUCAUUUCUUGAGGACCAAGGACAUUUCCUCAACUAUGUCAUUGGAAAAAAAUGAAGAUCUCCGUUAUGAAGAGCAACAGUGUGAUGAAAUAAUAGUCAUUCAUUGUAAAUGGUUGAAAAUUAUCAGCUUUUCACAUCUUAUCUUGUUCUGAUUUCGCCCUUGGUUUUUGAGAGAGGAAAGCUACCCUGACCCCCCUAAACUCUACAAUAGGCUAAUCUGACUUGUCAGCAAGUGAAGUCUUGGAUUGGUCUCAUUGAAGAAAAUAGGGUUGGUUUGUGUUCAUAUACUAGUCAAAGCUAUUAACCAUGAUGUGAAGUCACUGAUGUGAUUUUACAACCUGCCAGUUAUUUCGUGUUGAUUCCUGCAAUGUUCCUGCAGACUUUGGUUUUUGAAAUUGUUGUAUAUUUAUACAUAUCUUGAUAAAGACGGACAGUGGUGUCCUGGCACAAUACACUAAAGUCAGAGAUAUGUUGUUGACCAAUGAACAAAAUUAGUAAACAUGUACUAAUUCAAUUGAAUCCCUUUUGGCUUGUGCUUCAUAUUCCAAUCUGACUAACUCUACAAGUCAGCUGUUUGGCAUCAGUUCAAACGUCUUGGUGGCAAUAUUGGAUUGGCCAAUAUCAAGGGAGAUCACUGUCCAUCUUUGUCCUUAUUUAUUCAACUUUAGACCAAUCUCAUCAAAACACUUCACCAUUUUUCAGUUCCAGUUGGAAAAAGGAAAUUACUUUUGUGGUGUUUUAUUUUGAUACGAUGUGAUAAGAAGUGGGUUAAUUAGUUGUAGAUCAUUUGUUUAUUGCUCCUGAUAACUUGGAGUUUAAAUGAGUGAUACAAGUCUAUGUUGAUAUUGAGAUUAUGUGUAAAAUGUGUUCUUGGCGUUUCAGCUAUUUACGAAUUGAACAGUUAUUUUAGACAGUGGAAGAGAUACACUGCAGAAUCUACACUGUAGGCAGAUCGCAGUCACUUUUAGCUGACUUCGACUUAUCAGAUUCCUUUCUUUCUAUUCACUCCCCGUGUCUGUGAAGGACUCUAACUACGUCAUUACCGUCACAGACCAUCACUGAUUUGGACGACAAUUUCAAGCGAUUUAUACUGUAUUUUACAAAUUACCAAUACAUGGUCCCCUUUAUAGACACACCCUCCCAACCAAAAUCCUUGUAAGAUAUUUCACUUAAGUCAGGGAUUUGAUCCUUCCCAUAUGCGAUGCAAUUUAAUUGAAUCAUUUAGCACUAUCUAAUUGACGGCUGUCAAUUAAGAUUUGAUUGGCACCUGUCAGUGUGAAUGUACAUAACUUGUACUGUUUACGCUUUAUUUCCUUGUGUAACCUGCAUACCCAGCAAAUUGUUUGAUUCAUUUGACACACUUGUAAUUAAGUCAUGGUGGGCAAGAUUGGACUACCUUUACAUUGAAACUUUAUUGAUGUCUCCGGCUAUUGGAUGAGUAGAGAAUGAAUAAUUUGAUUACUCAGUUGUCCUGGUAAUCAUCCAUCAACAUCGAUAAUAAGCUGACUUCUGCCACCAUGACAGUAUUUUCAUUAAAAUACCUUAACUUUUUAUUCACUUUACCUUCGGAAGGACCCAUUUGAAAUUAUCCGUAAAAUGAUAGCACAAAGUUUAAGAUUCCACCUGUUUCAUAAGGCGAUGUUGUUCGUAUGCACAAAAUGUAAAUAUUCCCAAUUAACAUUUUGGCACCGAGCCCUAAACAAUAAACUAGUUUGCCUUUUAUUUCAUCGGUAGUUCGCUAAAGAUUGUGAAGACCCACUGGAAUUCCACUGGUACUCCAUUCAAAAUACUGGAAACCCACUGGAACUCCACUGGUACUCCAUUCGAAAUACUGGAAACCCACUGGAACUCCACUGGUACUCCAUUCGAAAUACUGGAAACCCACUGGAACUCCACUGGUACUCCAUUCGAAAUACUGGAAACCCACUGGAACUCCACUGGUACUUCAUUCGAAAUACUGGAAACCCACUGGAACUCCACUGGUACUCCAUUCAAAAUACUGGAAACCCACUGGAACUCCACUGGUACUCCAUUCGAAAUACUGGAAACCCACUGGAACUCCACUCGUCUGUUGUGGGAUAACCAAUGACAUCUCUUGUUUUUUACACCCACCUUUUCCCCAUGUCAACAAUCCAACUACAGGAAGUCUAUAAAUUAUGCAAACCAUUAAUGACACGCCCCUUAGUAAUAUGUGUAAUAAUAUCUGUAAUAUCAUGGUAAUAUGCAAUCAGCACUUUUAUGUACAAAAGCCCUGCACAACCUCCCGGCUUUCGGUUCUCAUUCAAAACUUGUUUCAUUCCUAUACAAUUCAAUCUGAUAUAAUUGAGUCAGUGAUUUUUAUCAAGAUGACAAAAGGUUGUUGUUUUAUGUCCGUUUAGACCAAAAACCACUGGUAAUCCAUUUUAAAUCCGCAGGAAAACAACUGAAUUCUACUGGGGACAACUGGAUUCCACUGGGUUACAACUGGAUUCCACUGGGUUACAACUGGAUUCCACUCGGUCAAAGUUCUAGAGGACUAAAUUGAAAGUUGUCUUAAUGAAAAUCACUCAUGUUUGGCCAUGCACCUGUUCAGUUUGUGAUGAAGAUGACAUUGUGUUGGCUUGGAUUUUUACAAGUAGUAAUCAUACAUGUUAUAGGCGCUGUUUACUUUGUCAAGGUUUUGUUGGUAGUUUGUGGUGAGAGCAUAUUGUACAUUAGGACACUCGGUGUAUUAUUUAAUAUAUGUGUAAAGUGGAAAUGUACAUGUACAUGCAAUAUGAGAUACAUGACGAAUAAACAAAGAUGUAGAAAUAA